AUGAGUUCAGACAAUGAAAUGGCCGUUUUUGGGGAAGCGGCCCCUUACUUAAGAAAGUCUGAAAAGGAACGUAUUGAGGCUCAGAACAAGCCUUUUGACGCCAAGACAUCGGUGUUUGCUGUAGAACCUAAGGAAUCUUUUGUAAAAAGCACUAUCCAAAGCCGGGAAGGAGGAAAGGUGACCGUAAAAACGGAAGCUGGAGCAACACUAACAGUGCGGGAAGAUCAGAUCUUCCCUAUGAACCCUCCCAAAUAUGACAAGAUUGAGGACAUGGCCAUGAUGACUCACUUGCAUGAGCCUGCUGUCCUGUAUAACCUCAAAGAACGUUAUGCAGCCUGGAUGAUCUAUACUUACUCAGGGCUCUUCUGUGUCACUGUCAAUCCCUACAAGUGGUUGCCAGUGUAUAACCCUGAGGUAGUAGCUGCCUACAGGGGCAAAAAGAGGCAGGAGGCCCCUCCCCACAUCUUCUCCAUCUCUGAUAAUGCCUAUCAGUUCAUGUUAACUGAUCGGGAGAAUCAGUCAAUCUUGAUCACUGGAGAAUCCGGUGCUGGAAAGACUGUCAACACCAAGCGUGUCAUUCAGUACUUUGCAACAAUUGCAGUGACUGGGGAGAAAAAGAAGGAAGAGUCUGGAAAGAUGCAGGGGACACUGGAAGAUCAAAUCAUCAGUGCCAACCCCCUGUUGGAAGCUUUUGGCAAUGCCAAGACUGUGAGGAAUGACAACUCUUCUCGCUUUGGUAAGUUCAUCAGGAUUCAUUUCAGUACCACAGGGAAACUAGCUUCAGCAGACAUUGAAACAUAUCUGCUAGAGAAAUCUAGAGUUACUUUCCAGCUAAAGGCUGAAAGAAGCUAUCACAUUUUUUAUCAGAUCACAUCAAACAAGAAACCAGAACUAAUUGAAAUGCUUCUGAUUACCACCAACCCAUAUGAUUAUCCAUUUAUAAGUCAAGGAGAGAUCACUGUUGCCAGCAUUAAUGACCAAGAGGAGUUGAUGGCUACUGAUAGUGCCAUUGAUAUAUUGGGCUUCACACCUGAUGAAAAGGUGGCCAUUUACAAGCUUACUGGGGCUGUCAUGCAUUAUGGGAACCUGAAAUUCAAACAAAAGCAGCGAGAGGAACAAGCUGAACCAGAUGGCACUGAAGUUGCUGACAAAGCUGCCUAUCUUCAGAGUCUGAAUUCUGCAGACCUUCUCAAAGCAUUGUGCUAUCCUAGAGUGAAAGUCGGCAAUGAAUAUGUCACCAAAGGCCAGACUGUAGAGCAAGUGACUAAUGCCGUAGGUGCUCUAGCUAAAGCUAUUUAUGAUAAGAUGUUCCUGUGGAUGGUCACUCGUAUCAACCAGCAACUGGAUACCAAACAGCCCAGACAAUACUUCAUUGGAGUCUUGGACAUUGCUGGCUUCGAGAUCUUUGAUUUCAACAGCCUGGAGCAGCUGUGCAUCAACUUUACUAAUGAGAAACUGCAACAAUUUUUCAACCACCACAUGUUUGUGCUGGAGCAGGAGGAGUACAAGAAGGAAGGCAUUGAGUGGGAGUUCAUUGAUUUUGGGAUGGACCUGGCUGCCUGCAUUGAGCUCAUUGAAAAGCCAAUGGGCAUUUUCUCCAUCCUAGAAGAAGAGUGUAUGUUCCCCAAGGCAACAGACACUUCUUUCAAGAACAAGCUGUAUGAGCAGCAUCUUGGAAAGUCCAGCAAUUUCCAGAAACCCAAAGUUGUCAAAGGGAAGGCUGAGGCCCAUUUCUCUCUGAUUCACUAUGCUGGUACUGUGGACUACAACAUUGCAGGCUGGUUGGACAAGAAUAAGGACCCUCUGAAUGAGACUGUGGUUGGACUGUACCAGAAAUCCUCAAUGAAAACUCUAGCUUUCCUCUUCUCUGGGACACAGACAGCUGAAGCAGAGGCUGGAGCUGCCAAGAAAGGUUCUAAGAAAAAGGGUUCUUCUUUCCAGACAGUAUCAGCUCUUUUCAGGGAGAAUUUAAACAAGUUGAUGACCAACUUGAGGAGCACUCACCCUCAUUUUGUACGGUGUAUCAUUCCCAAUGAAACUAAAACUCCUGGUGCCAUGGAACAUGAACUGGUCCUGCACCAGCUAAGGUGUAAUGGUGUGCUAGAAGGCAUAAGAAUCUGUCGGAAAGGAUUCCCAAGCAGAAUCUUGUAUGCUGACUUCAAACAGAGGUACAAAGUUUUAAAUGCAAGUGCUAUUCCUGAAGGACAAUUCAUUGAUAGCAAGAAGGCAUCUGAGAAACUUCUGGGAUCUAUUGAUAUUGAUCAUACCCAGUAUAAAUUUGGCCAUACAAAGGUCUUUUUCAAAGCUGGUCUUUUGGGUCUUCUGGAAGAGAUGAGAGAUGACAAGUUAGCACAGCUUAUUACCCGAACUCAAGCCAUGUGCCGAGGUUUCUUAGCAAGAGUGGAAUACCAGAAGAUGGUGGAAAGAAGGGAAUCCAUUUUCUGUAUCCAAUACAAUAUUCGAGCCUUCAUGAAUGUUAAGCAUUGGCCUUGGAUGAAACUAUUUUUUAAAAUCAAGCCUCUACUGAAGAGUGCUGAGACUGAAAAGGAGAUGGCCACCAUGAAGGAAGAAUUUCAGAAAACUAAAGAUGAACUUGCCAAAUCUGAAUCUAAAAGGAAAGAAUUGGAAGAAAAAAUGGUAUCCUUGCUGAAAGAGAAAAAUGAUUUGCAACUCCAAGUCCAAUCUGAAGCUGAAAGUUUAGCUGAUGCUGAGGAGAGAUGUGACCAGCUAAUCAAAACUAAAAUCCAGCUUGAGGCUAAAAUCAAAGAAGUGACUGAAAGGGCUGAGGAUGAGGAGGAAAUCAAUGCUGAACUGACAGCCAAGAAGAGGAAACUGGAAGAUGAAUGUUCAGAGCUUAAGAAAGAUAUUGAUGACCUUGAGUUGACACUGGCCAAGGUAGAAAAGGAGAAACAUGCUACUGAGAAUAAGGUGAAAAACCUCACAGAGGAGAUGGCUGGGCUGGAUGAAACCAUUGCUAAGCUCACCAAAGAGAAGAAAGCUCUCCAAGAGGCCCAUCAGCAGACCCUGGAUGAUCUGCAGGCAGAAGAGGACAAAGUGAAUACACUGACCAAAGCUAAAAUCAAGCUGGAACAGCAAGUGGAUGAUCUUGAAGGUUCUCUUGAACAAGAAAAGAAACUCCGCAUGGACCUAGAGAGAGCAAAGAGAAAACUUGAAGGUGACCUGAAGUUGGCCCAAGAAUCAAUCAUGGAUCUGGAAAAUGAGAAGCAACAGCUUGAUGAAAAAUUUAAAAAGAAAGAGUUUGAAAUCAGCAACCUACAAAGCAAAAUUGAAGAUGAACAAUUACUAGGGGUUCAGUUGCAGAAGAAGAUCAAGGAGUUGCAGGCCCGCAUUGAAGAACUGGAGGAAGAAAUCGAGGCAGAACGUGCUUCACGGGCAAAAGCUGAGAAGCAGAGAUCUGACCUCUCUAGGGAGCUUGAGGAGAUCAGUGAGCGCUUGGAAGAAGCAGGUGGAGCAACUUCAGCUCAGAUUGAGAUGAACAAGAAACGAGAGGCUGAAUUCCAGAAGAUGCGCAGGGACCUUGAAGAGGCCACCCUGCAGCAUGAAGCCACAGCUGCCACUCUGCGCAAGAAGCACGCUGAUAGUGUUGCUGAGCUUGGGGAACAAAUUGACAACCUGCAGAGGGUCAAACAGAAACUGGAGAAAGAGAAGAGUGAAAUGAAGAUGGAGAUCGAUGAUCUUGCCAGCAAUGUAGAAACUAUUUCUAAAGCCAAGGGUAACCUUGAAAAAAUGUGCCGUACCCUGGAGGAUCAAGUUAGUGAACUUAAAUCAAAGGAAGAAGAGCAGCAACGUUUAAUCAAUGACUUGACAACUCAGAGAGGGCGUUUACAGACCGAAUCUGGUGAAUAUUCACGUCAGCUGGAUGAAAAAGAUGCUUUAGUUUCUCAGUUGUCAAGAGGAAAACAAGCAUUUACACAGCAGAUUGAGGAAUUAAAAAGGCAACUUGAAGAAGAGACCAAGGCCAAAAAUGCACUAGCCCAUGCCCUUCAGUCAUCCCGCCAUGACUGUGACUUGUUAAGAGAACAAUAUGAAGAAGAACAAGAAUCCAAGGCUGAGCUACAGAGGGCAUUGUCCAAGGCCAAUAGUGAGGUUGCCCAAUGGAGAACCAAAUAUGAGACAGAUGCUAUUCAACGCACAGAGGAACUGGAAGAGGCCAAGAAAAAGUUGGCCCAGCGUCUACAGGAUGCUGAGGAACAUGUAGAAGCUGUGAAUGCCAAAUGUGCCUCUCUUGAAAAGACUAAGCAAAGGCUGCAGAAUGAAGUGGAGGACCUGAUGCUUGAUGUGGAGAGGACAAAUGCAGCCUGUGCAGCCCUAGAUAAAAAGCAAAGGAAUUUUGACAAGAUCUUGGCAGAAUGGAAACAGAAAUAUGAAGAAACUCAUGCUGAGUUAGAAGCUUCCCAGAAGGAGUCUCGAUCCCUCAGCACGGAGCUGUUCAAAAUGAAGAAUGCUUAUGAAGAAUCUUUAGACCAUCUUGAAACUCUCAAGAGAGAAAAUAAGAACUUGCAGCAGGAGAUUUCUGAUCUGACCGAGCAGAUUGCUGAAGGAGGCAAACGAAUCCAUGAACUGGAGAAAAUAAAGAAACAAAUUGAACAAGAAAAAUGUGAACUUCAGGCUGCUUUAGAAGAAGCUGAGGCUUCUCUUGAACAUGAGGAAGGGAAAAUCCUACGCAUCCAACUUGAGUUGAAUCAAAUAAAGUCUGAAAUUGAUAGGAAAAUCGCUGAAAAAGAUGAAGAAAUUGAUCAGCUGAAAAGAAAUCACAUCCGUGUUGUGGAGUCUAUGCAGAGCACACUAGAUGCUGAGAUCAGAAGCAGGAAUGAUGCUAUAAGGAUAAAGAAAAAGAUGGAGGGAGAUCUGAAUGAAAUGGAAAUCCAGCUGAACCAUGCCAACAGAAUGGCUGCAGAGGCCCUAAGGAACUACAGAAAUACCCAAGGAAUACUUAAAGAUACUCAGAUCCACCUGGAUGAUGCUCUCCGAGGUCAAGAAGACCUGAAAGAGCAGCUGGCAAUGGUUGAGCGCAGAGCCAACCUCUUGCAGGCUGAGAUUGAGGAGCUGCGGGCUACUCUGGAACAAACUGAGAGGAGCAGGAAGAUAGCAGAACAAGAACUUUUGGAUGCCAGUGAGCGUGUACAACUCCUACAUACUCAGAACACCAGCUUGAUCAACACCAAGAAGAAGCUGGAAACAGAUAUUGCCCAAAUCCAGGGUGAGAUGGAAGACAUGAUUCAGGAAGCCCGGAAUGCAGAAGAGAAGGCCAAGAAAGCUAUCACUGAUGCAGCCAUGAUGGCUGAGGAGUUGAAGAAGGAGCAGGACACCAGUGCCCAUCUGGAGAGGAUGAAGAAGAACAUGGAACAGACUGUGAAGGACUUGCAGCUUCGCUUGGAUGAGGCUGAGCAGCUGGCACUGAAAGGAGGAAAGAAGCAGAUCCAGAAACUGGAGGCCAGAGUACGUGAGCUUGAAGGGGAGGUUGAAAGUGAACAGAAACGCAAUGUUGACACUGUGAAGAGUCUACGUAAACAUGAGAGGAGAGUGAAGGAGCUCACUUACCAGACUGAAGAAGACCGAAAGAAUGUGCUCAGACUUCAGGACUUAGUGGAUAAACUCCAGGCGAAAGUGAAAUCUUACAAGAGACAAGCUGAGGAGGCUGAGGAACAGUCCAACACAAACCUCUCCAAAUUCCGCAAGAUUCAACAUGAACUGGAAGAAGCUGAAGAGCGGGCAGACAUUGCUGAGUCUCAGAUCAACAAACUGCGGGUAAAGAGCAGGGAGGUUCACACGAAGAUUGUAAGUGAAGAAUAAUCAUGGCCUAGUGCUACAAGGUGGCUGAAGAAAUAUACAUAAUGUGAAAUUCUUGGUCACUUUAACCUGUAAUUAAUAUUGAUUAUGUCUUUCAAGUAAAGGAAAUAA